AUGGAUGUAGCUCAGGUAGUUCUGGAGGACAAGAUCAUUGGUCAAAUUCAAAUGAGUCCACUGGCUGUGGCCAACAGAGAUGGCAUGAACCAAAUGCUGGAUAUCAAUCAGGAAACAGUGAAGAACCAGGAUAUCAUUCUAGUUCAAGUGAGUCCUCCAGCUAUGGAAAACAUAGGUCAAGUUCACGUGGGUCUUCUAGUCAGAGAAAAUGUGGAUCCAGCUCAAGUGGGAGUUGGAGAAAAGAAAAACAUGGAUCUACCUCAGGCAAAUCCUCAGCUUUUGAACAAUCUGGGUCUACUUCAGGUCAAUCUUCAAAUUAUGGAAAACAUGGACCCAGUUCUAAUAAUUCUUCAAGUCAUGAAUCCAGCGCAAGUGGACACAACAAACAACAAAAACAUUCAGGUUUGGAAUCAGGACAGUCCUCAAGCUAUGAAGAGUCUGGAUCUGAAUCAGGACAAUCUUCUCAUCAUGGCCACCAAGAGCAUGGAUGUGGACAGCCUUCUAGCUCUGGACAAUAUAGUUCAGGUUCAAGCCAUUCUUCUAGACCAAAACAGUAUGAAUCCAACUCAGGUGGUCUUUCAGGGAAUUGUGGAAAACAAAAGCAUGGCUCUAGAUCAAGACAAUCCUCUAAUUAUGGAAAAUUUGAAUCUGGUUCUAAUCAAUCUUCUAGUGUACAUGGGUCUGGCUCAGUCUUCUACCUAUGAGCAGCACAGAUCUGGCUCAAAUCAAUCAUCAAGGCAUAGUAGACAUGGGUCUGGAUCAAGUCAGUCAUCUAACUGUAGCCAACAAGGAUCUCACCCAAGUCAGUCUUCUACCUAUGGUCAAUAUGAGUCUGGUUCAGGACAGUCAUCUAGCUCCAUAGUCAACAUGGUUUUGGUUCAGGACAAUCGUCUGGUUCAAGUUGGUCUUCUGGACAUCAUGGAUAUGGUUCUGGCUCAGGUCUUUCUUCCAGCCACAGUCAACAGGGGUCUGGUUCAGGACAGUCAUCUAGCUGUGGCCAACAAGGAUCUAACUCAGGUCAGUCUUUUGGCUAUGGUCAACAUAGCCAAACUAGCUCAGGUCAGUCUUCUAGUCAUACUAGACAUGGGUCUGGUGCACGUCAUAAUUCCAGCCAUAGCCAACAUGGUUCAGGACAAUCAUCUAGUUGUGGCCAACAAGGAUCUAACUCAGGACAGUCUUCUAGCUAUGAACAACACAGGUCUGGUGCAGGUCAUUAUUCCAGCCAUAGCCAACAUGAGUUUGGAUCAGGAAACUCAUCUAGCUGUGGCCAACAUGGAUCUAGUGCAGGUCAGUCGUCGGGUCAUAGUAGACAUGGUUCUGGCUCAGGACAUUCUUCCAGCCAUAGUCAGCAUGAGUCUGGCUCAGGUCAGUCUUCUGGUCAUAGUAGACAUGGGUCUGGCUCAGGUCAUUAUUCCAGCCAUAGUCAACAUGAGUCUGGUUCAGGACAAUCAUCUAGCUGUGGUCAACAUGGGUCUAGCUCAGGUCAGUCUUUUAGCUAUGGACAACACGGGUCUGGUACAGGUCAUUCCUCAAGCCAAAGCCAACGUGGGUCUGGUUCAGGACAGUCAUCUACCUGUGGUCAACAAGGAUCCAGCACAGGUCAAUCUUCUAGCUAUGGUCAACAUGAAUCUAGCUCAGGUCCAAUUUCUGGUUAUGAACAACACAGGUCUGGUUCAACUUGGUCUUCUGGCCAUCGUGGACAAGAGUCUGGCUCAGGUCAUUCUUCCAGUCACAGCCAACAUGGGUCUGGUCCAGGACAGUCAUCUAGCUGUGGUCAACAGGAAUCUAGCUCAGGUCAGUCUUCUAACUAUGGUCAGCAUGGGUCUGGCUCAGGUCAUUAUUCCAGCCAUAGCCAACAUGGGUCUGGUUCAGGACAGCCAUCUAACUGUGGUCAACAAGGAUUCACCUCAGGUCAGUCUUCUAGCUAUGGACAACAGGGGUCUGGUUCAGGUCAUUCUUCAAGCCAUAGCCAACAUGGGUCUGGCUCAGGACAGUCAUCUAGCUAUGGUCAACAAGGAUUCAGCUCAGGUCAGUCUUCAAGCUAUGGUCAGCAUGAAUCUGGUUCAGGUCAGACUUCUAGUCAUAGUAGCCAUGGGUCUAGCUCAGGUCAUUAUUCCAGUCAUAGCCAACAUGGUACUGGAUCAGGACAGUCAUCUAGCUGUGGUCAACAAGGAUCCAGCACAGGUCAAUCUUCUAGCUAUGGUCAACAUGAAUCUGGCUCAGGUCCAAUUUCUGGUUAUGAACAACACAGGUCUGGUUCAACUUGGUCUUCUGGCCAUCGUGGACAAGUGUCUGGCUCAGGUCAUUCUUCCAGCCAUAGCCAACAUGGGUCUGGUCCAGGACAGUCAUCUAGCUGUGGUCAACAGGGAUCUAGCUCAGGUCAGUCUUCUAACUAUGGUCAGCAUGGGUCUGGUUCAGGUCAUUAUUCCAGCCAUAGCCAACAUGGUACUGGAUCAGGACAGUCAUCUAGCUGUGGUCAACAAGGAUCCAGCUCAGGUCAGUCUUCGAGCUAUGGUCAGCAUGAAUCUGGUUCAGGUCAGACUUCUAGUCAUAGUAGCCAUGGGUCUAGCUCAGGUCAUUAUUCCAGCCAUAGCCAACAUGGUACUGGAUCAGGACAGUCAUCUAGCUGUGGUCAACAAGGAUCCAGCACAGGUCAAUCUUCUAGCUAUGGUCAAUAUGGGUCUGGAUCAAGCCAAUCAUCUGGCUUUCGCCAACAUACAUCUGGCUCUGGUCAGUCUUCAAGCUGUGGUCAACAUGGUUCUAGUUCAGGUCAGUCUUCUGGCUAUGGUCAACACAGGUGUGCUUCUAGUCAGUAUUCUGGCCAUAGUAGACAUGGGUCUGGCUCAGGUUGUUCUUCAAGUAAUAGCCAACAUGAGUGUGGAUUAA